AUGUCUACAUCUCCCAAGAACACUCACCAUCCUCAUCCACGUGACAGAAUCGUGCCCUACAGCACUCAUUUGGAUACAUCCUGGCUCAUACAGCUUGUUCUUAGAGAGAAAUAUCUUUGGAUCAGCAGGAUCUCAUUUAUCUCUUCUUUCAGAAGCUUCUUCUUUUUACAUACAUUCGAAAUGGCUCGUGGCAAGAGACCCGCCUCCUCUACCCCCUCUGUACGCACAACCAACCGUAGACGCACCCAACCCACCGACGCUGGACAAGCUAGUUCAAGCUCCACUCCUAUUAUCGAGAAUCAGACUGUUGGCAUGGACCCUGAGCUGCCAGAGGUCAUUAGAUCGGAACCUCAUUUUGGCAAAAGACGGCUCAGCACGCAGCUGGCUCUGAAUCUCCCUCCUCUUCAUAAACUGAGCGACAUCUAUCGUUCCAUCACUGCUCGAGCACUGGAGCUAAACCUUGGAGAGUUUCUUCAGCAUAUUGGAUCAAAGCCUUUGAGGAUCGUAACUGCCUGCUCGGGGACUGAGAGUCCGUUGUUGGCCUUGGAGCUGGUGCAGGACAGUGAGUGUUCCCUUAUUCUUGUCUUCUUCAAUAGUGGUGAGGCUGGUCUGACCGACAUGUUUUCGAUAGAUCUGAGGAAGCACUUCAAUCGAGACUUCAAGUUUCGUCAUCUUUUCAGCGCAGAGAUUGUGCCUUAUAAGCAGCGCUAUAUCGAUAAUAACUUUCAUCCGCGUCUGCUCUUUCGUGAUGUUACUCAACUGAAGGACCGUGUUGCGUAA